AUGACGGAUGGUCACUUGUUUAACAGUAUUUCUCUUGGUGGGCGUGGAGGCACCAACCCAGGGCAAUUUAAAGUUCAUUCUGCGGGUAUAUUAUGGAAGAAACAAGGGGGUGGUAAAGCCGUAGAAGUUGAUAAAUCUGAUUUAGUGGGCCUUACAUGGAUGAAGAUCCCACGGUCUAAUCAACUUGGAGUUCGGACCAGGGACGGUCUUUAUUACAAAUUCACUGGUUUCCGGGACCAGGAUUUUUCCAGUCUGACUACAUUUUUCCAGACCAGUUGUGGGAUAGCACCAGAAGAGAAGCAGCUAUCUGUUAGUGGAAAAAACUGGGGAGAAGUUAAUUUAAAUGGGAAUAUGGUUACAUUUCUUGUGGGUUCUAAGCAAGCGUUUGAGAUAUCCCUAGCCGAUGUUGCACAAACGCAGCUUCAAGGGAAAAAUGAUGUCAUGAUGGAAUUCCAUGUAGAUGAUACUACUGGUGCCAAUGAGAAAGACUCGUUGAUGGAAAUAAGUUUCCAUGUUCCCAAUUCAAACACUCAAUUUGUUGGUGAUGAAAAUCGACCUUCUGCUCAGGUCUUUCGGGACAAAAUAAUGUCAAUGGCGGAUGUUGGAGCUGGAGGUGAAGAAGCUAUUGUCACUUUUGAUGGGAUUGCCAUACUUACUCCUAGGGGUCGUUACAGUAUUGAACUUCAUCUCUCAUUUUUGCGUCUUCAAGGGCAAGCAAAUGACUUCAAAAUUCAAUAUAGCAGUGUUGUUCGUGUUUUUUGGUUGCCAAAGUCUAACCAACCACAUACCUUUGUUGUUGUUACACUUGACCCACCGAUUCGGAAGGGCCAAACUUUGUAUCCACAUAUUGUGAUGCAGUUUGAGACAGAUGCUGUUUUUGAGGCCUCCUUGUCAAUGAAUGAAGAUCUUUACAAUUCUAAGUACAAGGAAAAGCUUGAGAUGAUGCACAAGGGACUCGUGCAUGAGGUAUUUAUUACAAUUCUGCGUGGCUUGUCUGGCGCCAAAAUUACUAGACCUGGAAAGUUCCGCAGUAGUCAGGAUGGUUACGCUGUGAAGUCAUCUCUGAAAGCAGAAGACGGAGUUCUUUAUUCACUUGAAAAGAGCUUUUUCUUUUUGCCCAAACCACCUACUCUUAUUCUUCACGAGGAGAUCGACUAUGUGGAGUUUGAGAGGCACGCUGCUGGAGGAUCAAAUAUGCAUUACUUCGAUCUUCUUGUCAGACUCAAGACUGAACAGGAGCACCUUUUUCGGAACAUUCAGAGAAAUGAGUACCAUAAUCUUUUUGAUUUCAUUAAUUCUAAGGGUCUGAAGAUAAUGAAUUUGGGGGGUGUCCGGACAACAGAUGGAGUUGCAGCUGUUUUGCAGAAUGAUGAGGAUGAUGCUGUUGAUCCACACCUGGAACGGAUCAGGAAUGAAGCUGCUGGAGACGAGAGUGAUGAGGAGGACGAGGAUUUUGUUGUUGACGAGGAUGAUGGAGGCUCCCCGACUGAUAAUUCUGGGGAAGGAGAAUCUGAUGGCAGUGAAAGUGGAGGGGAGAAAGAGGUGCCUGCAAAAAAGAAACUCAAGAAAGAGCCAUCUGCUCUAAAGGCAUCUUCAAGCAGAAAAAAGGCUAAGGAUGGUGACGAGGAUGGGUCAAAGAAGAAGAAACAGAAAAAGAAAAAGGAUCCAAAUGCACCAAAGAGAGCAAUCAGUGCUUUUAUGUUCUUCUCACAAGCUGAAAGAGAGAACGUGAAGAAGAGUAAUCCUGGAAUUUCAUUUACAGAGGUGGGGAAAGUUCUUGGUGAGAGAUGGAAUAAGCUGACAGCUGAAGAGAAAGUACCAUACGAAGCAAAAGCGCAGGCAGACAGGAAACGAUACAAUGAUGAAAUUACUGGGUAUAAAAACACACAAACCGCAAAUGUAAAUUUGGCAGACGAAUCUGACACUGCGGAGGCCUAA